AUGAAAUCUUUUCAAUCGGAUUGUAUUUGUCUUUCGAGUGAUGACGAUGAUGAGGAAGUUAUUUCUCCUCCUUCUCAGAAAUUAAGUAAUAAUACACCCAUUUCGAGUGGUAUGAGUGGUGUUAGUAAUAAUAGUGGAGGUAAAAAUCAAUCUCCUUCAUUGGUUACUCCUAGGAAUCGAUUAUUAACAAUGGAUGAAAAUACAAGAUUUGGAAUUUCACCUCCACAAAUGAAUGGAAUUCUAAUUGAAAGUUUGAUUACUCCAGAGACACCUCAUGGGAGAUUUGUAAAUACAAAUUCUGAAUGUGUAAUUUUGAGUGAUGAUGAAGAUGAAGGAACAAUGAUGUACACAUCACCUCCAAAACAGCUUCAGGAAACUAAUCAUUUUUCGAAUGGUAAUCACACUUCUACAGGAACUUCAUCAUUUUCAGAUUUUUUAUCUUCUCCAAUUUUGACUAAUUUUACUCAGAGUAAGAGAACAGUUACAGAGCUUUUUGAUAACGUAUUGAGUGAUGAUGAGAGCGAGGAGGAAAAAUCUUCUCCUCCAUUGACAAGAAGCAACAUUGUGACGGCUUCACCUUCAUACUCACCUCUUGAAUAUAACAAUAUUAAUUCCAUAGAGGCAUCACAUUCUCAAUUUGAAAUUUCUCAGUCAAGUCCAAACUCCAGGCUCUUACAUUUAAAUAGCGAUUCUCAUACACAACAUUCUAUUGAAUCAGAUUUAUUUUUUGAUUCUCAGCAUGACGCCUCUCAAUCUUCUCAACCAUUAAGAACUGAAAUUUUUACUCCAGUUUCGUUUUCGGAUGUGAAAAAGAAAGAAUUUUUCAAAAGAGCUACUGGUGGCUUCAAAGAUGAAAUGGUAGUUGUAAUAGAUGAGGAGUUAUCAAAGAGUGUUGGUGGAAAGAGUCUUAUUACAUUCAUUGAAACUAAUUCAGUUCCAAAAGAACAGGUCAUUACACAAAAGUUACCCCUUGCAUUUUCUGUUCAAUGGAAAAGAAGAUUACCUCUAGAUUAUAGUAUAUUUGUUCUACAAAAACAAAAGAAAAAUCCCAACGAUUAUUUUCAAUUUGAUGCCAAUGAUAUUGAUAAGAAACAUGUUGAUUUUACAGUACCAUAUGUAGUUUUGAGAAUAACAGGAGAUAUGUUUACUGAUAUUUACUUGAAAUCUAUUGAGAUAGAAUCAAGUAUAUUUGAACAUUAUUUGGAACAGGCUAUAAAAUCACUAGAUGUGGAAUUUAGUGAGUCUUUGAGCCAAAAUUCAAUAUAUUAUUGGAACAAGAGAUUUAAAAAACAAUACAUUAUAAUUGUACUAAUAGAAGGAUUACCAGAGUAUUUGAAAAAAGUUGCUGCUGAGCAGUAUUCUAAUGCUUUAAACAAAAAGAAAAACGCUUCUAAUGCUCCUACUAAGAAUACCAAGGUUAAUGCAGACGAAUUGGAAAAGUACAAACUGAGAGCCUUAUUCAAAUUUAAUAAUGUCAAAAUAUUCGAAACUAAGAAUGUAGAGGAAACAGCACAAUAUUUGGACGGAUUCACAAAGAUAAUUUCUGAUGCACCAUACAAGAAGAGAACUAGCAAUGUUGAUUUUACUCAAAUCCCAUCAUCUGGAAAGAAUUCGGCAGAUCAAUGGAUAACAAGUCUCAUUCAAAUACCAAAAAUUACGGAUAAAGCUGCAAGAGCUAUUGCCAAAAAGUACAAAUCCUUUAAUAGGCUGAUGCAAGGGUAUAACAAAUGUGAAGAUACCACUGAAAAGAAAGAGCUUGUUAAGAAUGUUGCCUUUCUCGAUAAUCCACAAAAAGUACUCGGUAAGGCAAUUUCAAAUGCUCUCUAUGAGUUUUAUUGUAUCAAUAAUGAUAUUAGUUUUCAUUUUACUCAGGAGGACUCUACAGCAUUCAGUGAAUGUGAGGAAGAGGCAAGUCAACAUUCUCAGUAUUCUCAACACAGUCAAUCAAAUAGUCAAUCAUUUAGUCAGGAACAAAGAGAACCACCUAAGAAAAAGAAAAAGGCUAACAAUAAUAGAAAGGACUCCACACCUGUAGCGUAUGAAAAUGAGGAUGAGAGAAGUUUAUUUGAAGAUGACCUUUUUUAA